CGCGAAGUUGUUGUCAGAGGAGUUUUGUCACUCUAAUGUUGUUUUACCGCUAAAAUUGUUAUAAGUUAAUAAUACUGGACAAUUUUAAGAUAAGAAAAGCUCAGUUGUAUAGCAACAUAUUUAUUCCAAUCAGAUGUUUGUGUCAAGAAUUUCUGGAUGAUUGAGAUCAAUAUUCGUCUGUGAAAAGCCGGGAAAGGUCAAAAUGGUUGUCACAGGAAAUGAUGUUAAACUUCCAGCACUGCUUAAGACAUUGGAGUCUGCAACAAUAGGUAUUGAGGAAAAAGUGGAAGCCUACAAGAUAUUUUCAGAUCAGUUACAGGAAGAUGAAUUAAGUUUUUUUGAUCUGGAUAUAACAUAUUAUAUAGAACCUAUUGUAUCUGUUCUACAUCAAGAUAUUCUACAUCACUCUGAAUCAGUUCAACAAGGGGCAUUGCAAGUUCUUGGUUUUUGUCUUCAUGACUUGGAACUUGUUAGAUUACUUCCAGUAGAAAGUCAAAAAAAACUAGUGGGUAGUUUGUGUAAAUGUUUAAAGAAUGCUGAAGACAAACCUACAUGCACACGAGGAUUGUGGGUUUUAUCUAAACAAAAUAUUCAACCAGAUUUGAUAGCGGGAGAGCUUGAUAACAUAAUGUCCAGUAUAACACAUUGUUUAAUGAAGUGGAAAGGCCAAGCGCAAACUGUUGAAUAUGAAGCUGUAAAUGCUAUAGCUAGAUUAAAUGUAUUGGUUAACAAAGAAAUGAGAGAAAAAACAAAAUGGGAAAAAAUCUGUUUGGGUCUGUUGACUCAUCCAGCUGCCAAAGUUCGAGAAAAAGCUCUUACGACUUUAGAAAAAGGCUGUGAAACUGCUGUUAAUAAAAACACAGUUAAAGAAAUAAUACCAGAAUUUAAAUCAAAAACUAUAACAGAGUUAAGGAAAAUGUUUCCUGGUAAUGAAUCAUUUGUUUUAAGAGCAUGGUCAUUUCUAGUAAAAUACUUUGGAGAGGAGCUGCAUCAUGGUGGUUUCAUUAAUAUAUUGCUUCCUAUUGCUGAGCUGGGAUUUAAACAUUUAGAACCAGAAUAUAAAAUGGCUACUUUUAGAGCAUGGAAAAAACUGAUUGAUAAUUUUGCUACAAAUCCUAAUAUAAUCGCUGAUCCUAAAAGGGUUAAACUUGUCAUGCAAGUAUUUAAAGUUAACAAUGCCAAGAUUGAAAGUGUAGCUGUAGAGAAGUUUGAUACAUGGGUAUAUUUUGUACGAAAUCUAGGAUCAAAAAUAUCAGUCAACUUUGAGCAGGUGUUGGCACCAUUAUUACAGUUCUGUACAGGUGGUAAUAAAUUAGCAUCCUCAUCUACACCUACAACUCCAAGAUUUGGAAUUAUGAGUCAACCAACAAGUCCAGCCAUACCAAGAAUAAAUAUCUCCUCUACUCCAUCCAACUUAGUUACAUUUAAAGUUCUACAGUUGAAAGGAAUGGAGGUAUUAGCAAGAAUAUUAGGAGAACCAUUAAAAUCAACAGAUUACCCCAGAUACAGCUUUAGCAUAGAUCCGUUUGUAGUUGAUAUUAUUACCAGUCCACUUUUUUUCCUGAAACAGUCUGUUAUUCUUAUCUCCUGUUUUAGAGAGUUGGUGACGAGUCUCGGCUCCGAAAUACCAGAGAAUUUAUUAUUAUAUACAUGGCAAGCUUUGAUUGGUCACGUUCAUGUAGCUGUAGAUAUGACACCCAAAUCGGAUCAUAGACAGAUGUUUUCCUACUUUUUGAGUCAGUUUCAAGUAAUAGCCUGUAAUGAUGCCCUAUCAGCACAUUUAGUGAAGAUGUUUGAACCAGUAUGUUGUCUACCAUAUAAAGUUUUAUCAUCAAAUGUUUAUAGUGUUGGUAAUGGAGAAGGCAUCAUGGGUACACCGGCUUUGUCUUUAUGUGAAAUUCUACUUUCUCCAGUUUUACUAAGUCUAGCUGCUGAAAAAGAAAGUUUCAUGACCUUGUAUGGUAAACUGAUUGAUUGUGGUAUGAACAACCCAACAGGAACGUUAGAAUUCAGUCAUGGUGUUCUAGACAUAAUAGACAGACAUGUUGAGUCUCUUCCUACAAUAGAGUUACUAUGGAGAUUAUGGAGUGUCAUAGCCAAUAGAUUAUUAGAACAUAUUAUUAAGACAAGUGAGAUUAAUCAAGGUGAUUCGUUAGAGUAUGAUUUUACCUGUAUAUAUACAGCUUUAUUAUUACCAGUUAAACAUAGAAUAGGUUCUCUUGUAUCACAGCCUGUUUGUAAGUCAUUGUUGAAGACUUGGUCAGAUUUAUAUAAAUGUUUUGUACGUGAAUCAGCUUUAGUAACAACAGCUCGAGAUAAUGUUGUGUGUGAAGAUUUUAUGUCUAAAAUAAUAAAUAGUCUUACAGAUGAUGAAUUAAAGGAAAUCAGUACAAUAGAUUUUUUAGUACAAAUUCUGCAAGUUGUUGUGGAUAGUGUAAACUUCUCAUCUCUCUCUGCUUCUUCAACAUUUAACAUCGGUGGUGCCUUCAGUCCAGGCAAAAGAUGGCUAAAACAUAAACAGAAACCUCUAGAAAAUCUUCAUUCAUUCAUUUCUUUAUUGACUGAUUUACUCACUCACUCAGUUGAUAUCUCAGAUAAUGGAUAUAGCACCAACAAGAAAUCUCCAUCUAUAAAUGUGGCUGUUAAUGGACUGGUAGAUAUUGUCUCCACACUUGUUACUCAUGUAUCCAGUUCUUCCAUAAUAUCCAAUAUGUUUGAGAAAAUAGCAGAACCAUUAUCCAGACUCUUUUUGUAUUCAUCAAAUAGAAAUGGGAAUAAACUGUAUACACCGUCUUUCUAUCAAAAGUUGGAAAAGUUAUGGUUAGAUAUAUCUACAUGUCUACAGAGUCGAUAUAAUAGUAUUUAUGACAGCGACUUUCUCCAUAUAUUAUCUCCCUUACUGGUAGCAACAUUCUCACAUCCCCGUCGACCAAUUAAAAACCAAACAAUAGUAUUAUGGAAUUCUACGUUCGGGCGAUCUUCCAUGUUAAACUACCCAGAUAAACUGAAGGUUGUGUUAGCUAAAGUAAAAGAGAAGACACCUCUAUCUUUACCUGGUUGGCUUUCUAUUGAUACAACAACUAUAAUAGAUGAUACACCUGCGAGUCAAUCACAGUUUAGUCAGAUGGAUGCACCAGAACCCCAUCUACCAGGUCUUCCAUCACCUCAUAAAUUUCAUGGAAGUUUCUUAAAUAAAGCUGUUUCACCAAAUGUCAAAAAAUCCCCAGCUAAGCUAUCGGUUACAGAAUUGAGGAACGUAACAAGUGCUAAGAAAAAAUUGGCUAUAGACGGUUUGACCAAUAAUGAUUAUGUUGUCAUCAAGUCAUCCCCUAAAAAAUCAAGAAUUCUAACAGAACAUCAAAGAGAAUCCAUGAAGCAGAAAAGUGUAAUACCAGCUAUGUAUAAUAAUUUAGACCAAUCACAAUCUCUAGAUAUAUCUAUGAUGUCACAGUUUCAACAGGAUACACAACCAGAUUUGGUUGUGUCUUCAACAGACAGUGAAGUUAUAGUUAUACCUUCCAGCCAAUCAGAAUCUAGUCAAUCAAAGGAAAUGUCUGAGCAAUCUCCUGCACAAAAUGAGGACUCUGAACCAGAACCUGAAAUUACCUUUAAACAGCCUGUCAAAACUCGAAGACGAUCUGUGCGCUUUUCCUGGGAUGCAGAUGAUGAAAAAGCUCAAGAUAAGACCCUAGGGUCUAGCUCUGUGGCUAAAAACAAUACAGAUAUCAGUGUCAAGUCUGACUCAUUAUCUUCAUCAUCUAGUGCUAGUCUUAAACAAAAUUUAGAAGGUGCUGUGGGAAUUAUGGAUCAAACAUUUGAAUCGGUUAGCAACAAAAGUAGUUCUUCAUCACUGGAAAACAAAGAAAAUAAAAUGGACACAAUUGAUUCUAGUGAAUCUGUUUUAGUGAAGUGUAAUUCUCAGGAUUCCGAUCCACAAUCGAUCAACAAUUCACCACAAACCGUCUUCUCACAAAUACGAUCCUUCAGUCAAUCUCCUCAACGUUCACGUAUACCCUCUCCAAAACGAAAAAGCAACAGUCAAGAAAUUCGAAGCUCUUCCAGAUCACCCAAAAGAAAAUCAAUCAGUGCUUCUUAUAAUUUUAGUCUUGAUAAAUGGGUGGUCAAGUCUCCAUCAAAAAGUCUCACAACUGGUGAUGAUUUAAAAGGUAACGAUAGUGUUUCAUCUCAAGUGUUAGUCGAAGACACACAGUCUCCCACCAAAUUUAAGAAUGGCUCUGCAAAGAGUGACUCUGCUAGUAGUGUAACGCCUAAUCGCAUUUUGUUUGAUGGGAAUAAACCAAGCAUGGUUGCUGAGAGUCCAGAAAUAGUGCCCGAUUCACCAGAGCUUAGUGCUGUUGUAAAAGUUCAUAAAUUAACAGAUAGUGAUAUUAAGAAAUACUCGCAGGAAAAUGCUUUUGAAUGUUCUAUGGAUGAAAAAAUGCAGAACUCUGAAAUGUUUGCUUUCUCUGAGAAUAAGGUCAAUAGUUCACAAGGUUUUGAAACCGCAUCAAAAUCACAAUCAUUAGGAUUUUUCAGUCAGGAAAGAACUUUGUCGCAAGAGAGCAGUCAAGGAAUUCCCUCCACCGACGAUUCAGUACGAGGUAUUUCUGGAAUUUUGACUGCUGAACAGAAAGAACUGCUUAAUGAUUGUCCAUCCACAGAAACAGAAGACUCCAUAUUUUCAGCAACAACUCAAAGUCAGAGUAUUCUCAGGACAGAGCCCACUUCAGUUGUUGAUGAUGUUGAUAUGGCUGAAGUGGUAAGUGCAGAUGAUAACAUGAAAUAUGAUCCCACUACAUCUAAUACAUUAAAAGAUACUAUUUCCCAGGAAACCACAGUACUAGAGAAAGAUGAAGAUGAUCAAACACCACAAUCUUCUCAAGGCUCUGAAAGUGAAAACAGUCAGUGUGAUGGAAGCUAUGAUCCAACAAAGAUUUCCACAUUUAAUGAAGAUAAUGCUAAAAAGAAGCGGAAACAGGCAACACCAAAGAAAUCUCCAUUGCCAGUUACUCCUCGUCGCACACCUAGACGUCACAAAAAAAGACGUCAUUCAAAUUGUGACUGUUGUUCAGCCGAGGAAGAUGCAGACCGUUCGACUCUAAAAAGCAUUUCUGAAGAAAAAAAUGAAAACAAAAGUCAAUCAAAAAAUGAGAAAACUACUGAAAUAUCCUCUCAAGAAGAAGAAAAAUUAAAGGUGACAGUAAAUAUAGAAAAUCCUGAUUUAAAGAAAUUGGAAGAAGAACAAGAUUCAUCUAAUGUGGUUUCUGAUUCUCGUAAAGAUGAUUUCACUGAAGAUUUAAUAUCAGAGUCAAUGGAGGCAGCUGAACAAACUCCUGAAGGUAAAACAACGUGUAAAGAAAUUCGUAGAAAAAGUACUACAAAGGAAAAACUUGCUGUAGCCAAGCGUAGAUCGGCAAAAUUGUCUGAAGAAGGAAACAAAUCAAGAAAACAAUUGGAUGAAAAUUCAGAUGUUAAUAAGGCAGUCGAUAAAAACGAAGUUGAAGCAAACACAGACGUCUGUUUGCCCGAUCGUGAAAUAAAAAAAGAAAUGUCUGAUACAAAUUCAAAUAACAAUUCAGAUCUCAGAAAAGACCUCCCUGUUGUUCCAUGUGAAAAUUUAGGUGAAAAAGACAAUGAUUUGCUUGUUGACGCUGAAAUAUCUUGUAGUCAAUUGACUGAAGAUUCAAAGACAUCAUCUCAGGAAUCCAUGACAUUUUCAGCAUCCACAUCCAAAGAUUUUCCUAACAGGUCGACUCGAUCAGCUAGUAAAAGAAAGAAUAGAAAAACUUGUUCCCCGAAAACAAAUCGUUUAAGGUCCUCGGGGCUUGUGAUACAAACUCGUACGUUGCGUGAUGGAAAGAAAAUAACUUUAGCUAAAUUGUCACCGGUUGCAAAAAGGGUUCGCAAAAGAGCAAAAAAAAAUCGAUCAGUUUCAGAAAGUGAUGCUGGCAAUGAAGCUGAAAAGGAAAUUUCAGAAACAGAAAGUGAAAUGUUGGAGAAGAAUGGAAAAGCCAGUAUUUCUAAGACUGAUUCUCAGAAACAGGAUGAUAGUAUUAGUGAUAAUCAAGUUAAUGAUGUUUUUGGAGAACUUAUAAGUAGCAAUAUUAAUCAAACUAGCAAUGAUUCUAAACAAGACAAAAUAUUUGAUAAAAUGACGGUUAUGGGGGACUCGGACAAAAGUGAUGAACUCCUAAAUAAGUCUGAUAAUAUCAAAAUUGACAAUAAUAUCAAAAUUGACAAUGCUAAAUUGAUCGAAACUGAAUCAAAAGACAAAAGUGCAGACAUUACCAGCACUGAUGAACAAAUUAUUAAAGUGUCAAAGACUGAAAUAGAUUCGAUUGAGCCAGUAUUAAAAAAUUCUGUAGAUGGAGAAAAGGUUAGUCGAGAUGCAAAAGAAAAGGCAGGAAUGCUCUCACCCAUUCCGCAAGAAGAAACACCCAAAAAAUUCAAAGGAUCCAAGAAAAGAUCCUUAUCUGGAUUAGUUAAUUCUGAUUCGAAAGUGAUCGGAUUGAAUCGUUUGGGAUUUAAAUCGAGAGGUUUUAAUAUCGUUAGACGAAGUAUAUUACAACAGCGUAAUAUGAGUGAUGAUCAGAGUAAAACAAGUAUAUUUAAAACAAAUAGUUUAAGUCCAAGUCGAUCGUUUUCAUCUAUAACAGCUUCACCAAGUACAAGUAUAUUAAAGAGAAGAUUAAGUGUAACUGAUAUACAGUCUAACUCCCCUUCACCUCCAGCUAAGCAAAGAAGAGUAUCAUUUGCUACACCUAUAGUGGAAGGAAAGAGUCCAGUGAAAUAUCAAGAAAUAAACAACAUACCUCCAUCACCAUUGAUUACAAACAGUUUUACACAAUUAACAUGUACUGGUAAUAAGGAGAUAGAAGACUCUGAAUCUCAAGCCAGCCAAUCACAGCCCUUUAGAUGUACGGAUGAAUCAGUACUCAAUGUGAACGGACCUGCUUUCCCCGAGUUUAUAGAUUGUGAUUUACCAGUUGAAAAGAUUUUACCACAAUUAACAUCAUCCUUAUGGUCAAGAGGACUGGUGCAGCUCAUUCGUUCCAAUGUUAAAAAUAUUAUUAGUGUUGGUGAUCUCUGUAGAUUAUCAGAAUAUGAAAUAAAUAACUUACCUAUUCGUCAACCGAAAUUACCUACUCUUCAGAAAGCUUUAGCAACAUUAGAAUAUAAGAAAAAUAAGGAUACUGUCAACGUGGAGAAAGACGGUGAAUGUAUAGAAGAAGAAAAUAUGCCAAUGAAAUACAGUUUACCCACAGUAGUAGAAGAUGAAGAAUGUGAUGAAGAACUACCCAGUGCUGAUGAAGCUUUACAAAAACUUGCUGAUGCUACACCCCAAGUAGAAGAUUGUGAUGCAGAUGAUGCAUUAAAGUUGAGUCAAAAUUCUGAUUCUGACCAAUCAACGAAGAGUUUACAACUUAACAUUGAAGAUCAGAGCCAUUCAAGUGCUACUAUUCCUAAUUUAAGUGCCUUAGAACCUGAUAAUCUAUUGGACAUUGUAAAAGAAAUUGGUCAGUCGGGAGUGUUUGAUAAUUUAAAUGAUAUUCGAACUGGAACUUUAUUUCAAGUACAUCAACAUUUAACAAGUUUUACAAAUAAAGUUGUUGCAGCUAUUCAGAGCAAGUGUCAAUCACCAAAUAAUACACAGGAAUAAAGACAAUUAGAAACAUAUUCUAUUGUACAUAUAUUUCCUCUUUUGAUUAUCGUGAUUUCAGAUGUUUUUAAUACAUGUGAGCUAGAAAUGUCUUGCCAAACUGGUUGUGUUGAUAGAGUAAUACUUGUGUAGUGGUAGGUGAAAAUCAAUAUUAAAAAAUAAAAAUAUCUAUGUAAAUUUAUAAACAUUUAUAUAUAAAUCGAUACAGAAGCUUUGACCUACUUAUGCAAGAAUUGUCCAUAAUUAUUUUUAAAAGAUCUCCAUUGUUAAACCGGUUAGCUGUUACUAAAAAGUGCUGGUCUGAUAUAUUAUCAUAAUUUGUAACCAUGUUUUAAGUUUCUUUUCAACUCAACAACUUAAAACAUGCAUUAUGCAAGAGUAAAAUCUGCUUAUUACAAGUCUUUCUUUAGGCCUGAAAUGUUAUCUAAAUUAUCAAUUAGACAUUAAUUAACUUAUCCAGACCAUAAUAAACUCUUGAUGUCAAGGCUAGCCUUCGAUGUUGGCUGGAUUAGAUUCCUAUAUGCCGCUUAACGGCCAUUGAUAAUUAAAUCAAAACAGAGGAUAAUCGAGACUAUGCUGUUUAUAUUAAUGAUUUUAGUAAUGAUGACCGAGACUAUGCGAAAAUUUCACGCGCUUCGUUCUCUGCUCAUAGUGGAUCAAUUUGACUGAAAUUUUCAGCAAAUUACCUUUACACUAUCUAGUUUUUAACUAUUAUAGCGAGAACUGCCAUCUCUUUAUCUUAUCUCCCAUAAUGUAUCUUUAAUUAUCUCAAUUUAGUAUACUGCUAUACAAGACAAAAAAAAUAAAAGUUUUACAAUAUUUGCUGUUGUAAAUAACUGUAUUGUCCUUUCCAGACAUUCUGGUGUAGUUAGAUUUUCAAGUUGUUACAUUGUGUAUUUAUAUAUAUAUAUGCCCACUCUGAAAUCGGGUCGAAUAAUGCCAUUGCCUGUCCUGUCACCGGAUCUUUUUAACACUUAAAUAUGUUGUUUACAUUAUUGAGACAAAAAAAUCAUCUUUAAGAAUCUUUCAAAUACUGGCGAAAAAGUAAUCCAAUCUAAUCGGUUUAGAGUUAUAUACAUUUUUCAAAUUAGUGACAUGAAACAGCUCAUUAAAUUUAACAAUUUCUGUGAGUUAUGGCUCUUGUUCUUUUUGUAAAAGCUUGUGCUGGCUCUUAGUUUGCUUGAAAAUUCAUGAUUCAACAUUUGUGAACUGCUCCUAUGAUAUUGCUGUGCUGUAAGUGUGUUGGCAACCUAUCUUUAUUAUAUUAGAAUAAUUAUUGUUUAUAUUUCUGUGUUUAUCAAAAUUUUUAUUGGUGUAUGGGACCAGAAUCAAAUUAUGCUUUUAAAAAAAAUUUUGUAAAAUAAUGUAACUUAAAAUUGUUUCAAUUUUUAAUCUGUAUGUGUAUGUAGUAUCUCAUUAAUAAAGUUAAGA